CAGUCAUUCAAAUUUUUCAGUUUUUCGCGGAGUUCUGUAAAACUGGUUGGCAGAACAGUUUCGUCAGUCCCUCGUCAGUGCUACGUCAAGGCCGCGUGAAACCUUCUUGUCCACGUCGUCGAGUUAGUCAGUAGCUAUGUUUCCGAUUUCCCAGAUCCUUGUCUUGCUCCCACUUGUACCUGUUUAAACGGCUUCGCUCGAAUUUUGGACCUAUCGUAUCGCUGGUUAUCCCUCACAAUCUGCGCCUCCCCGAGAUUAAAAGAGAUAUUAUUAUUGUGAGUGCCCCACUUUAAAUUGGCCAUGGGUACCGAAUGGUGACACCUAACUGUUCGCUUCCCAAUUCUCACUGCUACCAUGAGUGUUAGCCCCCAGCGGCCGCAGUCAGAAACGAAGGCAGAUGACUCGGUCGAAGUCGAUGUUAAUCCGCCUGAGGUGGAUUUUGUUGCUUAUUAUGAGCAGGCUAUUGGCCGUUUGGUAGUUGACCCCGAAAAGGCGAAGGUUGAGUUUGGGGAGGUAAUGGCCUCGAGGCUUAAGCUCAGCCCUGAUGGAUUGAAGGUUCUCUGGCCUCAACCCGCCGACGAUCCGAACGACCCACAAAAUUGGUCCGAUUUUCGUAAGACUAUGCAACUGAUCAUCAUCACUAUGUCUGCAGUGGUACCUGACUUCGACUCCGGAAUCGGAAUCGCGUCGAUAUUUGGGCUCGCUCAAACUUAUGACACGACCUCAGGUGUCAUCAACGAUAUGACGUCAAACUGGAGUAUCUUCCUUUUGGGUUGGGGAGGUAUCUUCUGGGUCAUGCUCAUGAGACGCUAUGGUCGGCUGCCAGUACUCUUCUGGAGUCAGCUUUUCGCGCUUGCAUUCUUGGUUGGCGCUACGUUGGCACCAAAUCUAGCCACUUUUGCAGGGAUGCGUUGUCUGACUGCAUUCUUUGGAACGUGUCCCCAGGUGACGGGUCUUUAUGUCGUGACGGAUAUCUUCCCCUUCCAUCUUCAAGCACGGAAGUUGAACAUCUGGACUUCGGGUUUUGUUAUAUCCCCUUUCCUAUCACCUUUUGUUUUUGGUUUCCUUGUAGCGCGUGUAAGCUGGAGGUGGGCAUAUGCCAUAGGAUCUAUCUACAGUGCCAUAGUGUUAUUUCUCAUCGCGUUUUUCAUGGAAGAAACGAUGUAUGAUCGCCGCCUUGUAUCGAAGCCACCACGAACUUCCACAGGACUGCAAUAUCGAAUUGAAACUCUGAUUGGUGUCACUGGAUACAAGGUGGCGAAAUAUAGACCACGAUGGCCAGAGGUUCUACUGGCAUCUUUGGAUGUUGCUUGGCGUCCUCAAUUCUUCUUCGUUGUUCUUUUUGAGGCAUUUGUUUUCGGGUUCUCGAUCGGUGUGAACACGACAAACGUUGUCUUUAUGGGGUCUUCUCCUCCGGUCGGAUUCGGCUUCAGCCAAUAUGCCGUGGCUGGAGCGUAUGCGACUCCCAUUAUUGCUGUCUUUCUUGGCGAAUUCAUUGGUCGUCACACAAAUGACUUCAUUAUGAAUCUGAACAUUCGCAAAAAUGGUGGUUUCUUUGAGGCCGAGAGCCGUUUGUGGACCUGUUACUUAGCCAUGCCGCUUUAUGUCUGCGGCUUUUUGACACUGGGUGCUGGGAUACAAAAUCUCAACGAAGCCGCUCUCAUUAUGGGCUGGGGCAUUGCAAUUGUUGCAAUCACCCUCAAUACUGUUGCAGUGUACGCAUACUGUAAUGACUGCUUCCCUCGCAGGGCAGGCGAAGUCAGUGCCCUCUUAAACUUCGCAAGAUCAGUAGGUGGUUUCGCAGUCGCAUAUUUCCAAGUCCCGUGGGCUACAAAAUCUGGAGCAUUGAUGGUAUUUGGUGUUGAAGCAGCGCUUGUGAUCGCCAUGUUUUUAAUCGCUGUUCCUAUGACACAGCUAAAGGGAAGCUACUUCCGAGGACGCUUUGCCUUAUAAUCAGCAGCACUACUCUACACCCUCUCAAUUCCAAAAAUCAGGAACGAUGAUUUUUCCGUAGAUUUAGAUGCGCUGUCUGGUUACUUCGUGGCGCAUCUAUAUAUGAACUUACCAGUACUAGUACUUAUGUACCCGCCGUCUACGGUCUCUACAAUGCAGUAUUUUUGUGUGUGAA